GCUGCUCCUCGGGCCAGACCGGCUUCUCGGUGUCGUUUUUCCGGCGCUGCUGUCGGCUCGCUCCCUCCCGGUGCAAACACCGUCGGGUUUGGCCGUGGGAGCGUAAUGGCGGUGCACCGGGGACCCUCUACGAAAUGGCUUUUCUCCCGGGAGCAGCUGGAAAAUACGCCGUCUCGACGGUGCGGGAUCGAGGCCGACAGCGAGCUCUCUUACCGGCAGCAGGCCGCUAACCUGAUCCAGGACAUCGGCCAGAGACUCAACGUGUCUCAACUCAUCAUUAACACCGCUAUAGUUUAUAUGCACAGGUUCUACAUGAUCCAUUCUUUCAAAAAGUUCCAUAGAAAUAUCAUUUCCCAGACUACGUUAUUCCUGGCAGCCAAGGUUGAGGAGCAGCCCAGGAAGCUGGAGCAUGUCAUUAAAAUAGCUCAUGCCUUCAUUAACCCACAAGAGCCUGUCCUGGACACCAAGAGCAGCGCAUUCCAGCUGCUGGCACAAGAGCUCGUAGCCUUGGAAACAAUAGUGCUGCAAACGCUGGGUUUUGAGAUAACAGUUGAUCAUCCUCACACAGAUGUUGUGAAAUGUUCCCAACUAGUACGAGCAAGCAAGGAUUUGGCACAGACUUCCUAUUUCAUGGCUACCAACAGUUUGCACCUCACUACCUUCUGCCUUCAGUACAGGCCUACAGUUGUUGCCUGUGUCUGCAUUCACCUGGCCUGCAAAUGGUCCAACUGGGAGAUCCCGGUGUCCACAGAUGGAAAGCACUGGUGGGAGUAUGUGGACCGUACUGUAACGCUACACCUGUUAGAUGAGCUAACUCACGAGUUUCUACAAAUUCUGGAGAGGACUCCCAGCAAGCUGAAAAGGAUACGAAACUGGAGGGCUAUUCAAGCAGCUAAGAAACCAAAGACAGAUGGUCUGGCAGUGGAGGGUGCCUUCCAGGGGACGUUAGAAAGCCUUCCUGGUGUCACCAACUCCUUCUUCCCCUCCACGUCAGCAUCAGACUCUACUGAACUGUCCGCCCUGAACACCAUAUCAGCCCCUUACGCCUUGUACCAGCCCCUCAGCGAGCAGUCAAAGACUUGCGGCUACGACCAGUUCCCCCAGCAGUCCCACUCAGACUUCACACUGGUCAAACACAAACACAAAGCUUCAGCUGGGACCAGCGGCGAACACCAGCUACCUGGGUCAAAUGCUGCCAAUUUUUCACGGCCGCAAAAAGUCUUGACUCUUGAAAAGUACAGAGAGAAACACGCUGCCGAGCUGGUCAUACAGAACGGCAUAAAAGAGGAGUCGGGCACAGACGCGUACGCUGCUCCGGUGGUGACUUCCCACCACCACAAGAAACGCUCUCAGCAGCAGGCCGGCCAAUCAGGGAGGGACAAGGCCAGCUCUAAAAAGCCCCGACACGCACCCUCCUAUGCUGAGAACGGCUCCGCCACCAAUGAGGAGUUCAAAAUGCGAAUCAAGGUCUCAUCGGAGCAAGGCGGGGCUUUGUCUGGCAAAGACAAGCACAAAGAGCACGGCGGCCACCGCCACUCCAAACACUCUAAUUCCCUCUCCGGACACGGUCGAGGGACGAUGGACAAUGCCUCCUUUUCUGUUAGAGCUUCCAGCAGCCACUAUAACGACGGGAGCUCGUCCAGCUUGUCGCGUAAGAGGCAGCACUUGGACGCUGGCAGCCACAACCACCACCACUCGUCCAAGAGCAGCAGGUCCACCAAAGGAAGCUUGGGCUCGUCCCACUACUCGUCAGACAGCAGCCAGAGAGCGAUGGAGCACCACGAUGGAACAAAUGGUGUGCUGAUGUCCAACGGCCAACAUACCGACUACAAAAACACUUUUGACAUGUUGGACUCUUUACUAAGUGCCCAGGGAAUGAACUUGUAACUCUCAGAGUCCCUAGUGUCAUCUAGGAUAAUGUAUUAUCAUGUUUUAUAGAGUUUUAAAAUGAUUAUUUGUCUUAAGUUAUCUGAAUUUCUGCACCCCCGCAGUCGUGUCUACACACUGACGACUCUGGUGUAAUGGUCAGAUCUAGAGCCGUGUACUUCUGCUUAGCAAAGGAAAACAAGUAGGCGGAGUUUUAAUGAAGGUUUUAACACGAGGAGUAUUUUUAACGUGCACGUUGUUGGUCAAAGAAACAGAGACACAGCUACGACUCUGCAGCCAUUGUUGUUUUAAUUAAGUCAUUUUGUCUCGAAAAAACAAACAAAAAAAUCUCAGGUCUUAAAGUUUGUGUUUUUUAGGGAUGAGAGAUUAAAGGAUGGAUCUUCCAUCGUUCAGCAGCUGUGGAGAAGUACAUUUACACCCAGAGUGUCUGGAAACAGGGUCUGCUUUUAAAAAGUGCAUCAAUAGUUUUAAACGAACACAAGUCCGAUUCCAUUAGCUAGACCCAACGGUCCACCGGGCCAUGCUUCAGCCUAAUGAUUCAUUAUAGAACUACGUCUGCUGUGGAUGUGUAUUAAAGACAUAGCAGCCAAAAUUAAAGAAAACACCUUGUGAUUGUUCCUAGUCAAUCGCUGUUCAGUAUGAUAAAUGUUAUUUACUACCAGAAAAAAGAUCUAAAAUGAUGUAAAUAGGACUAGUUAACAUGGUUGGUCAUUGCAUCAGUCCUAUGUUGUAAUAGGAGAUCUAAAGCAGACUGUGUAUGAUGAACAUACCUGAUUUAUGUAUUUGGAGCCCAAAUAAAGAGACGUAAAAGGGA